GGGGGGGGGGUGUAGCCCUUGGAGAAGAGAUUGCCCACAAUGCCCUGGGGGAAAGAAGCAGGGUUUGGUAUAGGUGCGUGGGUGGCCCUUUAAGAAACUGUUUCCCAGAAUUUCUUUGGGGGUUAAGUUGGGGGUGUGCGUGGCCCUUUAAGAAUAGGUUACCCAGAAUACCUUGCGUGGAAGGGGCAGAGAUUUGUUUAUUUUUAGUGUGUGGCCCUUUAAGAAACUGUUUCCCAAAAUCCUUUGUGUGUCUGGGGGGGGGGAGGGGUGUUAAUGGAGGGUUUUUAAGAAUGGGACUCCCAGAAUGCCUUGGGGCAGUGGGCGUGGUUUGGUGUGGGUGGGUGUGGCCUUUUAAAGGGAUUCCCAUCUUGUGGCCAGAACCAGACUCCCUGAAAAGGGGCUUUCCCAGCAUCCUCUGGGGCAUCAGCACCGCUUGGCCAGCCUAGUCCCGGGGCAUGCUGGGAUAGUGGCACCCCUUGCCCCAAAGCAUGAUGGGAUUGCAGUGCACACCCCCCCGCCUAGGGCAUGCUGAAAUUGUCCUCUGCCUGGGCUGGGGGCCUGGUGGGGGGCCUGGCCCUGGCAGUGGGGCCCUAGUCUCAGGGCAUGAUGGGAGUGCAGCACCCCCUGCCCCAGAGCAUGCUGGGAUUGUGGUGCUCUGCCCCAGAAGUGGCCGCAUCUCAGCAUUGGGCGAGGGGUCCCGGUAUAACCAGCCCCCGCGCCCUGCCCCAGAGCGGCCGCGUCCCCCACUCUCGCCGCCCUCCUCCCUGCAGCUGCUGCGGCGCCAUGAUCCGGAUCCACGUGCUGGAGGGGGCGGCUCUCGUCUGGAGCGCGGAGGACGCCCGAGAGAUCCGUGAGCGGUUCCGGCUGGUGGGGACCCUGGUGGGGGCGCUGGCCCGCAAGCCCCGGCAGAACGCCCGCCUGGGCCUCCCCCUGCAGCUGCUCCCCGAGGAGGCCCGGCUGCUUGCCGAGCUGGGCGCAGCCGUCCUGGUGAGGGGCACCGAGACCCAGCCCCCGGCGGAGGGGGAGGAACCGACCCAGGCAGCCGAGGUGGAGGCCUACCAGCGGGAGCUGGAAGAGAGCUACCAGGAGCAGCAGCGCCUGGCUGGGGCAGAGAGGGGGGCCCUGUUGGCCCAGCUGGCCGAGCGCAUCGCCCAGGGCCGAGCCCGCCGCAGAGAGCAGCGCGGGGAGACGCCAGACACGGUGGAGGAUUCGGGGCUCCUGGAUUCGCCCUUCGUCCUGCCCCGCAGCUCCAUGAUGGUCCAGCUGCCCACGGCGCGGCAGCGCCCGGGGCGGGUCGAGCAGGUGGACUGGACCUCACCCUCCCCAGACUGGCCUCAUGCCGGCCGCCCAGCCCACGAGGCCCGGUACCGCGUCUUCCGUGAGCUGUGGGGCAGGGGCUACUACCUGUCCGGAGGGAGCAAGUUUGGGGGAGACUUCCUUGUGUACCCAGGCGACCCCCUGCGGUUCCAUGCCCACUACAUCGCGCUGUGCUGCCCCCCGGGAGCCCCUCUCCCGCUCCGCGCCCUGGUGGCUGCCGCCCGCCUGGGCACCGGCGUCAAGAAGACCCUGCUGCUCUGCUCUCCGGGCACGGGCGGCGCCCUCGCCUUCACCUCCCUGCAAUGGAGCGGGCUGCAGUGACCCGCACGGGGGACAGCCGGGAACUGGGGGGCACAAUCCACUCCCAGCCAGGCACUGAGUACCCCUCCCCCCGGACCAAAGCCCGCCGGGGCAGGAGGGGACGCUGCUGGGGGUGUCUGCCGGCCCUGGGGCCGAGCGGGGAACGAGGCAGCGGCAGAACUGGAGGGGUGGGGGAGCCCAGGGCUGCACCUCGGGAGUGAGGGGCACUAGCAGAGCCGGGGAGGGGCGGGACAGGGCACAGAUAAGGAGGGGCUGUGGUUUGGGAGGGCACAGUCCAAGCUGGGAGGUGGGUCCCCCCCCAGACUGACCAGACUCCAGUAGGUUAUGAACUUUUUUUCUUUAAUUAAAAUUGAACU